AUGUGUGGCAAAAAAGAUAACUGUUGUGCCUCAGAAUCACAAUCACACUCAGAUCUGCAAAAAAACAACUUCCCAUUUCCAAAUGAUGAAAUAGAUAAGUAUGUUGAGAGUUUUGAUAAAGUAUUAUCCAACAUUGGGUCAAUUACAAAUGCUAUUGUUGAUGUAUCAAUGGACGCAGGUAGGGAGUUAAAUGAUAAGGCAAAGCAAUGGUCAAGUAAUUGGUUGUUCAACAAUCAUUCAAAAGAUGAUGAUUUUGAGAAUUUCGUUAAUGAAAAGAGUAACGAUUCCAAAACUUAUGAAUUUCCUUCAUUUUAUCAAACAAGGGAUUCUGCUUUUAAUGGAGACUGGGAAUCGGGUUCCCCAUUUAAAGAAUUUUUCAAAAAUUCUCCUUUCUUUCAAAAUGCUCAUUUGAAGUUUGGUGCUACUCCUUUUGGUUAUAGAUCCUACAAAGGACCAUCAAUUCGUCAGUAUCAUGAUUGUUUAGAUAAACAUGGAAAAUCCAUUUGGGAUGACCAAGGAUAUUGGAGAUGUCUUUUUCCAGAGUCUACAAUCCCAAUUGAUUUGUUGAAAUUCAAAAAUGAGUAUUUUAAAGAUCAGAUUAUCACUAAAGAAGAUUUCAUGAAUCAAAUGCAUCAAUUAGGUGAAAGUGAAAAGAAUCCAAUUGUCGACUUACAAAAGAAUGGGAAAUUUUUCAAUAAGUAUGAAGAUUAUUUAAGUUGGAAAAAGGAUCAAUAUUCUGAAUAUAAGAAAAAGAAAGAAGAAGAAGCUAAGACAAGAGCUGAAGCAAGAGCCAAAUAUUUACAAGAUUUGAAAGAAAAACAAAAUACACAAGCAAAAUCUGGAGGUGAAAAACAUGAUUCAAUAGUAUCAAAAUUUAUAACCUCCUCCUCAAUAAAGUCAAAUAUGUUUACUGAUUCAGAAACUAAUGAAAUUAAAUUGGUUGAGGACAAAAAAGAAUGUUAUAAUGAUGGUGAUUGCAUCUUUACUAAAAUCACCAGAUCAAAACCAAUUGGAGCUAGGGAUUGGGUGAAUGUUGAAGAACGUGUUGAAAACUCGAAUUCCACUAAUUUACUCACCAACAAUGAGAAUACUUCGAGUAAUGCCACUGACAAUAAAGGUUGGUUUUGGAAAUAA